AUGGCGUGUGAGAGUUUAACAAUGGAAGAGGACUCUAAUGUGGACAUCUGUGGAUGUGUGGAACGACAUCCACAGGAAAAAUUUUGUUCUGCUGAAGUAGCGUUUAAAGGUCGUUUAAUCAGAAAGCAUGCUUUAUUACCCGUACCCUCUAUAAGGAUCCGUCCCGUUAUUAUCAGGGACCCCGUAUGGCACGAAAUGAGGAAACGUAGCGCUAUGUUCCCUCCCCCGACUGACCUACAGCCAGGAAUGAUCUCUCCACAGACUGACUUACAGCCAGGAAUGAUCUCUCCACACACUGACCUACAACCAGGGAUGCCAUUUUUACCAACAAAGAGAAUAACAAACACAUUCCUCGUCAAAAGGUCUUUUAAAGGGGACAUUCCGAAAGAGACAGAAAUAAAAGUUAACACUUACGAUGAUGGAUCUGGGUGCCAACCUUCUUUCGCAGUCAACAAAACGUAUCUUAUUACUGGAAAAUUGAACACUCAUGGAGAAAUGGACAUUAAUGGCUGUGACUGGACCGGAUGUUGGAGGUAUGGUGUGUCCCGGUACCAGAAGAUCAAUCUUAGGACGGGGGGAUACAACUGUGACGUUAAGAUAUGUCAGAAAGGUAAUGAAUGCAUUCGUGAUGCCAAAACAUGUGUUUGGCCCAAGAAACACAAAGGAAUGUGUUAUUCAAGACAUGCUAAAUGCUACAUGUCCAAGACAUUUCAGAAGGCAACAUGGGUUAUGCUUCAUUCUAGAAUGAAACGUUGUUUGGGACAAUACAGUUUGACAGCAAAUUGA